GGGCCGACAGACUUGUGACGGUGUGGAUAUCAUCUCCUUGCCUCUCUAUGUCCACACAUGCCAUUGCAGUUGUUACCAAGCUUUGCGCAUGGUCCAAAAGUGCGCUGCCCUCUCCAUGGUGGAUCUACCUACCAGCGGAUACAUAAAGGACCAUCCUUGCCUUGGUUUGCCCAAGUGUCUGGAAACUAUUGGGAAAUUUGCAUUCCCUCAUUUGAUCUCUCGGCCAUGCUAGAAAACUCACAAACUCUUCUUGCUGCAAUUCGGAUGUAGACGCCCGCGCGCCUGCAGCAGCAAGUGGGCUGAGACUUUGUAACAUCGACCUGUCAGAUCGGAUGCCCCGAUGAGAGAUCCAGUUGACACAGCGACUGCCAUGGCUUACCAUCCUUUCCAAACUCAUCGACCAGGUGCCUUGCCCUUGUCAGCCCUCUUUACCACCGCUCAGCCCUCGUUUUUCCCCGCGCUGCCUUUCCCAGACGUCGCCUCUCUGUCCGAGCCUCUGCCGGAGCAGGCUGCCUCUGACGCAGCGCUGAGGCGCCACCGUCAGCCGGUUCACCCGCAGUCCUUGAAGAGCCUGCAGCCAGAGGACGGGCUGGAAGAUGACCCGAAAGUCACUCUGGAGUCAAAGAGUUUAUGGAAUGAAUUUCACAAAAUGGGAACUGAGAUGGUUAUUACAAAAUCAGGAAGGCGGAUGUUCCCGGCGUUCAAAGUGCGGGUGGACGGGCUGGUUGCAGCAGCAAAGUACAUCCUGCUGAUGGACAUCGUCGCCGUUGAUGACUGCCGCUACAAGUUUCACAACUCCCGCUGGGUGGUGGCUGGGAAAGCUGACCCGGAGAUGCCAAAGCGCAUGUACAUCCAUCCAGACAGCCCGUCCAAAGGAGAGCAGUGGAUGAGCAAGCCCGUCGCUUUCCAUAAACUCAAACUCACCAAUAAUAUUUCGGAUAAGCAUGGAUUUACUAUUUUGAAUUCAAUGCAUAAAUACCAACCCAGAUUUCAUAUUGUGAGAGCCAACGACAUAAUGAAGCUUCCAUACAGCACCUUCCGGACUUACGUUUUCCCGGAGACGGAGUUCAUCGCUGUCACUGCGUAUCAGAAUGAAAAGAUUACACAGCUAAAAAUCGACAACAAUCCCUUUGCCAAAGGAUUUAGAGACACAGGAAAUGGGAGACGAGAAAAGAGGAGUAAGCAGUUACCUAUGUCGCCGCAUGAGAGCCAAAGCAAAGUGGACCGGGACUGUGCUGAUUCUGAUGACUCGAGUGAGCAACCCAGCACCAGUGAUCCCUUUUAUUCUCCAUGGGAGCUGGUGAGCAGCCCUCUGAUGUCUACACCUACCUGUCAAGAUGACAACAUUGUUGGAAGCGAUUCAGAUAUUGAUCUUCAAGAUGAGGACAUUGCUGAAGCCAGUUGUUCUAGGACUGAACACAUGAGUAAGAAGAGUGAGGAGACACCACAGAUCAAGCCUGCUCUCAGUAAGUGCGACGACGAUCAGGACACAAUGAAAGACAGAACACUGUUAAGAACAUCAGAUGAUAUGUACUCUACGGAGACUGACUCAUCAAAAAAGCACAUGAGUGAAAUCAGAGAUGGGGUCCUGCCUAUGAUGUCCCAAACGCAAAGUUUAUCAUCCCUCAGCUCUGGUCACCUUCAGACUUUGGAUGGAUGGAAUGCGCACAGCCAACAGUUUCUUAAGUUCGGGGCACCUUUGUUAUUUAACCCGAGACAGUUGUCAGCGAAGCCAGAGGGAAUGGGACAUCUUUUGUCGUCUUUGCCGGGAGUAAAUAACCUGGAAAACGGAGGCCUGUCUUCUCAAAGCAUCACCUCUCCCUCUCCCUUCAUGUUUCACGUGUCACAGCACAUGCUGGCAUCUCAGGGAAUCUCAUUAUCACCCUUUGGAGGAUUGUUCUCCUAUCCAUACAGCUACAUGGCAGCACCAGCUCUCCCCACCUGUUCUGCAACCUCUACGCUGGCCAGAAACCACUGUUUCCGCAGCUCUCGGCCUUGGUUACGAUUCAGCCCUUAUCAGGUCCCCACCUCUGUCAUCUCAAGCCAAAGCCUACUUACAAGCAGAUCGCCUUGCAGUUCAAACUCACAAUCUGAGCUGUCCAAAUCAGGGAGCAGAGAGGCAAGUCCAGUGUCUGACAAUCACAGUCACAAAAGCAAGGCCAAGGGGAAGAUUGCUCCGACAAAGAACACUGCUAAAGGUUCUUCAAAUGAACUGCAGAAGACACAUAAUCCGGUUACAGGACUUGACAAACCACCUCCUCCACAAUAGACUCUCCUCUGUCUUGCUUUUCAUCCUACACGUGAUGGACACUGGGCAAUGGACACAGACAAGUUCAUGAAGUUGCACACAAUAAUCACCUAAAAUAUUUUGUCAGAAACUGCAUGUGUUGCUGCUAUUUAACUUGUCAUUAUAUCAUCAAUAAAUCGGCCUAUUGGACACUGAUUGGAUGAUUUGCAGGUCAAAAGAUACCCAAACCUUUAUGUUAACACCAGGCUUUAUGAUAUUUACCAAAUUCCAUGUUUAAGUACAGUCAUUUUAAUGCUUCUAAAACAAUGGCUAUGUGUAAAACAAGUUCCACCUCUUCAGCCAAAUUUAGCCCAGUUUUAAUGUAGACAUCAAGAUGUCUUUUGAUCUGCAUAAACACCAAAUUAAUAAGUACAGAAAAUUCUAUAGUCAUAAAAAAAACUAUUAAAAAGAUGCUCAUUGAAAUUCCUCUGGGGAGAAUGAGCUAUGCCUAAAGUGGAAUGCUCCACUGAAGGACAAUAAUGUGCUUUAAAUGGAAAUAAGACACAUUUGUAUUGCUUCAUGCUGUAUGACAGUGUAAAUAAUUUGUUUAAGUUUUCACUUGCUGUAUAUAACCAAAUCAAUCAAAGCAUUUUAAGACUGCAUACUGUAACUGAGCACUGAUAAACCUGCCAUUGAGAUAUGAGGAAAUUGUAUCCCACUUAUUCACAAUUUCACAUUUUGUUAAUGUACCAAAGCUGCACCGAGGACUUGGAGGGAAAACUCAGGAUUAUUUUUUUCUCUUUUUUUUUUUCUUUUUUUUUACCAGCACUUAUGAAAAAUGUCUUUGGUAAUCUGGCAGGUUAUCUGCCAAAUUAUUCAGGUGAUUUUGAGUAUCUGUUUUUCAC